CUCUCAGUUCACGUCGCGCUGUUGACUUGUUUGGCUCGCUCGUUCGUUCGCAGCGUUCAAAAACGAUUUUCAUCGCCUAUAUAGUUUUAGAAUCUAUUUUUGUUUAUAAAUACAAAGUACCUAAAUAUAUCUGCGCUCAAAGCUAUGUUUGAAAAAUAGUUACAAGGAAAAGUUAAGAAAGUCUGCUUGUUACUGAACUGAAGUGACUGAACUGACCAAACAACAUUAUUCAGUUCUCCAAGUGAUGUAACCCGAGGAAUACGAAUCCUCUCCUGCUCUCUUCUCCCAUCGGUUUCUGCGUCGCAUUUUGUUUACUUCUUGGCCCAAACCAAAACAGAGACAUGUCUAAAAAGUGCACUGUGCGAUCCCUGAGCGAUAGUGCCCUGGCGGAAUUGGCCAAUUUACUGGUGUCCACCAUCAGCUAUGUGCAAUAUGCUCCGGAUGUCCAUCUGGACAUCAACAUCGUGAUGGUGGAGCUGAACGAGUAUCUGGCCCAGCUGGGAGCCACCUCGAACAUAUACCAGGAUCUACUCAGGGUGAUCCUGAGCUCGGAUUAUCUGGACGCCAACAUGCGGUUCACCUGCCUGCAAAUGCUGCUCAACUGCGGGGUCACUUUUCUGAUGACUGAAGUAUUCCCUUUCAGCUACUACGAGAAAAUUCUACAGGUGAUUGCAGCUCAAGGAGCGGGAUUGCGGGUGUUGAAUAUCAAAGGAAUCUGGGUGAAAGAGGAGCACAUGCACUACAUGUACGACAUUGUGAGGCGAUGCAAGCAGCUGGUUAAGCUGUAUGUGCCCUAUAUUGCCAACGACCGGUUGCUGGAGGAGAUCGGGAAGUGCUGCACUCGCCUGCAGAUCUUGGACAUAUCCGGCGAGACUGACAUUACGGAGAUCGGCAUCGAUUUUCUGGCCAAGGGCGUGUGUUGUCAAUCGCUGACUGUUGUGGAUGUGGGAAUGCCGGGAGAGGAGAACAUCUGCUAUUCGGAUAUUGCCCUGAUCCUGGAGCACUGUCCCCAAGUGGAGACCCUUUCGACAUACUCCUUCGUGGGAGCCUCCCUAAAGUUUAUCCACGACAAUAUCGAUGACCGGUUCAAGUGCCGCUUGAAAUAUAUUCAUGACACGGGCACGGAUGAGUCCACCUUGCAGGUCAUCAUGCAGACGUGUCCGAGGCUGGAAACCCUCUAUUUGGACUCACCCAAAACAGGAAGCCUGAGAGCUCUCCACACGCGCAAUUUGAGAAAAUUGAAGAUCUACAAAUUUGUGGUGGCCGAGCUGCUUCCUCUGCUGGAGCGACCCAUUGGCAGAAACCUGCGACAUCUCACGAUGAUCAAGGGCCUGGGAAAUCUGGAUUUGGGGAAGUUGGCUCGUCUCUGUCCUUCGCUGAUCGAUCUCGACUGCUAUAUGAUUGACAGUCUAACCUACGGGCAAGGUCAGGCCAAGUUCCAGCAGCUGGAGGGCCUGGAGAUCCUAAGUAGCGCCAUUAUGACCAGUUCCCUGAAGGCCUUCCUAUGCAAUUCCACGGAUCUCAAGCGGUUGGCUGUGGACACGGUGGAGUUUACGGAUGAGGACAUAAUAAGCAUGUUUAUGCAACACGACUUUAAAGUUUUGGAGGAUGUUUGGUUUACUUUGGCGCCAGAGCUCACAGUACAGUCUGUGGAGUUACUAAUGGACAGCUGCCCGGAACUGCAGUCCGUGGGUCAAUUGACCGGCUGGUCUUUAACGCCCGAUGACUUGGCGCUGAUUCGGGGACUUUUGAAAAGCGGCAAUUCGAGCAUUCGCCUUCAAUAGCCUUAAUGCUGCAGCCUUUUCAAGGCCAAGAGGAGCAAACAUUAUUGUAAACAAAUCAAGUCUUGUGUAUGUUAAUUUGCUUGUGAUAUUAUAAAAAUAAAGUUGUUUAAAUUUAAAUUUGA